AUGUUCAGAGAAAAGUCCCCCGAUCUAGAAGAUGGAGACUUCGAGUCUCGCGAAGGCCUUCUGCCUGAAGAGGAGGAUGAGGCAUGGACCCAGGAAGAGGAAAUCGAUACCUGCGACGACUGGGUAACUACAAUUCUUCAAGUCACUACAGUAGGAAUCUUUUUUUUUCUUGGGAUAUUGUUUGGAAUGAUGUGGCAUGGGGAUUUGGACAGCCAGUGCAGUCAGCAUGUUUCCCAAUACUCCCCGGUGAUGAGCGAGGUGGGAAUCACAUACCAUCUUCAAAAAUCGAACAACCCGCUGCUGAGGGAGACAGUCUAUAGACAAGAGGCGAGUCCGGAGGUAGACUCGGCCUGGGAUGCCCUGGGAGUUAACUAUCGAAGUAUCCGAGUACCUCCCGAGGAAGCAGCCGGGUCAGAUCUCUCAUCCGACCAAGUCCAGAUCAACCCGAGAUACGGGGGAGGGUUUCCCGCUAACGUAGAGGGUCUCCAGCAUCUUCAGUGUUUGAAUCUCCUGCGGCAAUCCCUCUACUUCAACUACGAUUAUUACCACUCCAAGGGCGAAGGCGCUUUCGCAAAUAAUGAUUUCAUUGCCCAGCAUCAAAUAGCCCAAUGUGUCGAUGUCCUCCGCCAACAACUCAUGUGCACGGUAGACACCGGCGUUGUAGGCCAAGUCUGGAUCUACCCCGAGAACCCCGAACCAUUCGUCAACUUCAACACGCGCCAGCGAUGCAAAAAUUUCGACGAAAUACGUGAAUGGGCAGAGCAGCAUCAACUGCCUGAGAACCUCCCUGCCGAUUUCCUACAACCUCCCGCGCCAGGUGACCACAUCUACAAAGCAAUGCCCUAG